GUGACCAUAAACAGCCCAGGCAUCUUUUCUUGGUUACUAACUUAUUUUCUUCCAGAAAUGUAUUGUGUGAAAGACCUAGUUGAAUCCGGUGGUUCCCUCCAAUCUGUUCCUUCCAAAUAUAUUUUCCCCGAAAAUCCUGAAGACUGCAUAAUCUCAGAUGCAGAAACAAUCCCCAUUAUUGACUUUUCCUUGCUUACUUCUGCUUCUCUCAAACAACGCUCCAAGGUUAUCCAUGAACUUGGCACUGCAUGCCGCGAAUGGGGAUUCUUUAUGGUUAUCAAUCAUGGAGUAAAGAAGACACUGAGAGAUGAGAUGAUAAAGGCAUGUCAAAGUUUCUUCGAUCUACCGACAGAGGAAAAGCGAGACUAUGCAGGAAAGAAAUUUGUUGACCCCAUAAGAUGGGGUACAAGCUUCAACACAAAGGUGGAUAAAACAUAUUUCUGGAGGGAUUAUCUCAAGGUCCACGUUCAUCCCCAAUUCAACGCUCCUCAGAAACCUGUUGGCUUCAGUGAGAUAGUUGAGGAAUAUUGCAAACAAAAUCGAGAGUUAGCGAGUGAAUUGCUGAAAGGGAUCUCAGCAAGCUUGGGAUUGGAAGAAAACUACAUACAGAAGACUUUGAAUGUUGGAUCAAAUUCUCAUCAGCUACUAGUCAUAAAUUCUUACCCGGCUUGUCCACAGCCAGAGCUCGUGAUGGGGCUUCCCCCUCAUUCCGAUCAUGGUCUCUUGACCAUUAUCAUGCAGAACGACCUUGGAGGUCUGCAAGUUCAACAUGAUGGCAAAUGGGUUCCCGUAAAUCCCCCGCCCGACUCUUUCGUUGUCAACGUAGGAGAUCAACUGGAGAUACUUACCAACGGUAUUUACAAAAGUAUAUUGCACCGAGCCAUGGUGAACAGCAAAGCAACAAGAAUUUCUGUUGGUACUGCAAACGGACCUCCGCUUGACACUGUUGUGAGCCCUGCACCGGAGCUGGUGGAUCGGGAAAACCAACCCGCUCGAUAUCGCCCGAUAACUUAUCGGCAGUACGUGGAGUUUCAACAAAGCAAUCAUCUUGAUGGAAAAUCCUGUUUGAGCCAUGUUUUUGUUUGAUGAUUCAAGUCCAUCAUAUUAAAUUAUAAUUUUCUGUAUGUGUAUUUGUUGCAACUUCAUCGCAUUGUUACCACCGAACAAACAACAGUGUGGUUGAACGGGGACCUGGCUGCCUAAAAAUAACGUUGUAUGUCUUAAUAUUUGUCCUAAUAAAAAAGGCUGGAUGUUAAUUAAAAUA